AUGGCAAGAAUACAAAACCAACAUAAAGACAAGGGAGUCAAAGACAAUUCAAAACUCACGAAGGCAACGUUACUUUCACAAGCUUCAAGUCGUUUUUCAAAAAUUUUGAUCCACAUAAAAUGGCCACUCAUGAGAAAUAACCGUCCAUUUACUGUGGAUGAUUUUUCAGCAUUUUUCUCAUGGCUAGUUAUGGGUAAUGUACUAUGGAUUAUAUUAGGGACUACCACAUUUGGAUUGGUAACUAUGUAUUCUAUUCAUACGUUUGACAAUAUCCGCAACUCGAUCAAAGCGUAUUACUCAGAUGAGGAUGAGGAUGAUAGUGAUAAGGAUGGAAGAAGACGUACUGACGACAGCAUAUUAGGAUACAUUACCAGUAGUAUCUUAUCCCAUGGAUUGGGGGUUGUGAUUGAGUUCAAGAAAGGAAAUGUUCUACCCGAAUUAAAAGAUGGCAUGUUAAGAUUCAAGAAAUUAAAUGUCUAUUCCAUGCAUAUCCCAACUUCUGAAACAGAUGAAAGUGCUGAUAAGUCAAAAGAAAGAACGGUAUUGAAAUUUAAGGCAAAUGUAGAGACUAUGGAUAUUUCAUUAUCAUUCGGAAAAUGGUACGAAGGCAAGGGGUUAAUAGAUGAGCUUGAAAUAUAUGGAGUUAGUGGUAAAGUCUACAAAAAUAGCGAGGAGCAUCAGGAUGUUUCUGUUGAAGAAUAUUUAACUUUUUCUGCUGGAAGAUACAACGAAAACCUCCACUUCCAAUAUGACAUGAACGACCAUAGCGCCGAAGAGUUGGAGUUGGUAAAACAGAAGCAAAAGAACUUUUUAAUGGAGUCUAAUUAUGAAAUUUCCCAUGUUAAAAUUCAUGAUUCUUAUGUUGAGAUAAUCGAUAGAGCGGAUAAAAAUCCAUUGAAGAUUUCUAUAUUUAACUGUGACUUGCCACAGCUAAGAGGUAAUCGUUUAUUAAUUGACUUUUUCAAUGCCAAUAAUGUAACUGGUGCCAUUAACGAUUCCAUGUUCACUAUUCAUAAGCGCCAAGAAUUCAAUAAUCCAACAAACGAUAAUAAGAUUGUGAGAUUUAAGUUAGAUGGCAUUAAUAUGGAAACUAUUUCACAUAACCAAAAACUGAAAUUUAAUUGGAUUGUUAACGGUAAAGCUGAGAUAAUUGCAGAUAUUAGAUUGCCUUCUGUGAACAAAGAAUCGGAGAAUAAUUUCACGAUUGGGAAUGAAUAUAAGAAGAUUUCUAAUAUAUGUUCAGAAAUAUUUAAUGAGUUGAUAGAUGUGACAAGCCCUUCUUCACCCGAUAAAUCACCUUCUACAGAAAACAAUGAUAACGAUAAUACUCUAUUGAAAAGUGCUUUAGCAGCCAUUUAUCAGACAUUCUCCCCAAAUAGUACUGAAUCGAAAGAGGCUUACAAUACAAUAGAUCCUUCGUCGGAAUACGUGAUCGUAAAUUUUAAGGUUAAAUUUUAUAAUUUAAAAGCAUCCUUGCCUCAACAUUUGCCAAUGGCAUCGUCCAGCUCGCUUCCAUUUAUUAGUCUACAAAAUUUGAGAUCAUUGAUUGCUUACGUCAAUGAUAAUACAUCAAACAAGCCAAUAAUAAUUAAAACAACCGUUAUUGAAAGGUUAUCAGACUUAUAUAACAUAGAAAAUUUGAAUCAAACUAAGAUCUUCGAUGAAAUUGUCAGUGAUGUAUACGAUAAUUUAUUGAAGAUUGUCAAAUUAGAUGAGAAAAGGAUUAUUGAUGAAAAGUCAUCAUUGUGGUCUCACUCUGUUGCAAGUCAGCUAUUAUUGUUAGGAUUAGGAGUUCUCGCUUAA